AUGGCCGUAGGCUUGGCGGCAAACGUGUCGCUCAACGCCCUUGAUGAAGAGGCCCGCGCCGAAGUCGAUGUCCUCAACUCCCGCCUAGACAAGACGACGCAGCUCACCAAGAAGAUCCAAGCAUGCCUCGGUAGACUUGAAGCCACGGGCCAAAGCGUGCGCGAGGUUGCUGGGCCCUUGAACGGAGAGACUCGGCGAUUGCAGGUUUUGGGGUCAAACGUCGACUCCGUCAUCUCCGCAAUCGAUCGCCUACGACAACCAGCAGACAGUAAAGAUGACGAAGAACAGAUUAUUCGGGCUGGUCCCGAGAAAGCGGGCCUGUCUGCAUACCUGGCAUCGAUAAAACGUAUAAACAGGUCGCAUGUCGAUAUGCAGGCGUCAAACCUGCGGGCCAACCAAAAUACAAUGGCGGAUCUGACACGGUUAAUAAAAAGCGGCAAUACGCAACUCGAAUCUUUUUUUGAUAAGCUGCUUCGUAACGAAACACCGCGAUCCCUCGAGCCACUGCAUUAUAUUACCAAAGACAAGGAAUUCCCCGUCCUGCCUCAAGAGACCAUCACACGCCUUGGCCUGAUUUACUCUCACCUUGGGGGCAGCCACAAUGGCGCUGGAUAUGAUUCUUCGAUUGCAAAAGUAUACGGUGAGAUCCGUGGGCCAUACCUAGCGGCAUCUCUGGUCAACUUGGCAGCCGCCAGCGUUAAUACAGCAAAGAAGAAGAACCCCGGAGCCAUUUACAGAUCCGGUACCAAUGGCAUCGGGUCAUAUGCGCAGGCAAUGGAAGGAAUUUUUGUCGCGGAAUAUGAAAAUGUAUGCAGCAUCUUUUCUCGCGAGGACUGGGGGCCUGUGUUCCAAGCUGCAUGCCAAUCAUCUCUCGCCGAGCUUGCCAGGACUCUGCGCGAACUAAAUGCGCAUAUCAAACAACAUCUUGCAACUGAUUGUUAUCUUGCAUACGAAGUCACAGAGAUUCUUUCAACGCUGUCUGGGAACCUGGAAACCAGAACAGGUGAACUCAAGCCGCAACUGGCCGCCGCUCUCAAGCCCGUGAGAGAAACAGCCAAGUCGUCACUAGCGGAACUCCUCGAAGACACAAAACGCAAGAUUGGUGGUGUUCAAGCAUUACCCAAUGAUGGCGCACCUCUACCUACCGUGUCGGAGUCAAUGCAGCGCCUUCAGGCAAUGAUGGAGUUCCUCCGACCUAUAGCCAGUAUUAUGAUUUCCCUUGGAGAUGGCGGGUGGAAGAACGGCGCUUCGGCUCGUGGCGCAGACGCCAUCCCCAGUCUCGCGUCUUUUGAUGUUACUGCCGAUGGCCAGCAAAUAUUUACGCACUACUGCAUCGAUACCAUAGAGGCGCUUCUCACGGCGCUGGACUCCAAGAUGCGCCUUUUGAUCCGAAGCAAGUCUACUCAAGGCGUCUUCCUCGCUAACUGUGUCAUCAUCAUCGAGCGUUCCAUUAUCACCUCAGAGCUUGCGCCGCUCCUGCAACCCCGUCUCGACGUGCUUGACCCGUGGCGCAAAAAGGCCACGCUCGCCUACACGGACGUGUGCAAAGACCUGUCGGUCCAUCUCUUCGACACGAUCCACACCUCGCAACGCGCGCGCCCACAGUCUGGCGGCCCCAUCGACUCGGCCACGGUCGUCAAGGCACUCAGCAGCAAGGACAAGGACAAGAUUAAAGAAAAGUUCCAGCAAUUCAACAGCAGCUUUGAAGACAUGGUGACCAAACACAAGGCCUACAACAUGGAGCGCGAGGUACGUGCCAUGUUUGGCCAGGACAUCCGCCAAAAGUUGCAGCCGUUGUAUGAUCGCUUCUGGGACCGCUACCACGAGAUUGACAAGGGCAAGGGAAAAUAUGUCAAGUAUGACAAGAGCUCCAUCGCUGCUGUGUUUGCCAGUCUGGGUGCAUAA